UCGCUCAAAGUUAUUAUCAGCAGGAUGCGAGUAACUUUCCUUUUGUUGGCCUUAGCGUUGGCUGUUACAGCCAAACCGCGCGAUGAAAGAAUAGUGGGCGGAACGGUCACAACCAUCGAGCGAUGGCCAAUGGGCGUAGCUAUGCUUCAUUCCAUAUUAAUUUCAUAUACGCAGUCCUGUGGAGCAUCUAUACUCAACAAUAGAUCUGUGCUCUCUGCCGCUCAUUGUUAUAGGGGCUCGAGCGCAAGCAGGUGGCGCAUGCGCAUCGGUUCCACCAGGGCCAGCUCUGGCGGUACGGUCUUUCACACUGACCGGAUCAUCAUGCACCCCAACUUCGUCUCGAGCACCGCUAACAACGACGUAGCCAUCCUGCGUACCACCCGGCAAAUAGUGUACAGCAACAGCGCUCGCGCGGGAGCCAUCGCCGGUGCCAACUAUAACUUGCCCGACAAUUCUGUCGUUUGGGCUAUCGGAUGGGGAGUCACCUCUGUAGGAGGUCGGCCAUCGGAACAGCUGCGGCAGGUACAAAUCUGGACUGUGAAUCAAGCGAUCUGCGCACAACGGUACGGUGCUAGAGGUCGUACCAUCACUGCUAACAUGCUGUGCUCCGGCUGGCUCGACGUCGGUGGUCGCGACCAGUGCCAGGGUGACUCCGGUGGUCCUCUUCUCCACAACAACGUGGUCGUGGGCGUUUGCUCGUUUGGCCGCGGAUGCGGUUCGCCGCGCUAUCCGGGUGUGAACGCUCGAGUGUCCCGCUUCGCUACGUGGAUCACGGCCAAUUCAUAAUUUGAAAUAAUCUUGAAUUGAAACAACUUAAUAAUCAUUACUUGAAAUAUACACUUUUUAAAUGUAAUAUAACUAAGAAGGCCAUUCUUGUAUAUAUUUUAUUGUUUAUUAUAUAUACUAGCGGACCCGGUCAAGCUUCGCUUUGACUUAUGUGCACUUCUUCCUUAUCCCUAUCCUACACUACCCUACUCCUACCCCUACAAUAAAUUUAAAUUUAAAUUUUCAUUGUUUUUAAGAUGUAUUCUGUUAUUCUUGGCGGAGACAAAUCCAACGA